AACGUGGUUGCCGUUUCAAACGAGGAGGUCACACCAGGGUCCCUGUUCUUACUAUAUAUAUAUAUAGCUUUGUUUCCGUUGCUAAAAUUCUGUCAGAUAAUACAAAAUCCACAUCUUCAAUAGAACUUGAAGAUAUGACUGACCACAGGUCUACCGAAUCUCAACUAGAGACAUCCACUACCCAUCAACAUGAUCCAAUAAUAUUCAGACUAGGUAAGCUCCACCUUCGAUUAUCGCUGUUGAAGUACUUUACAUUCACAAUAAUUGGAAUUGCCUUGUUAUGGCCGUGGAAUGCAUUCUUGUCUGCUUCUGCAUACUACGCUGAGCGGUUUGGCCACUCACCGUCCCUAAUCAAGAUAUACUCUUCCACAAUGAUGUCAGUAUCAACAAUCACAUCCAUGUUGUACAACUUCUACCUUUCGCAAGUGCAAACAGGAGUGAAUUAUAAUUUCAGAGUCAACACAGGACUUUGGAUCACAAUAUCAGUUUUCUUAAUAAUGGGGAUCUCGUGUAUUUCCGAUUUAUUUAUCCGCAUGCAUGACAUUGCAUUCUUUGUGUUGUUGAUGUUCAUGGUGUUGUUAUCGGCCAUGGCCACCUGUUUAUCGCAGAAUGGUACCAUGGCUAUUGUCAAUGUCAUGGGUUCUAUCUACGCUAAUGCCGUUAUGGUGGGCCAAGCAGUUGCCGGUGUUUUGCCUGCAUGUGCCUUGAUCAUUUCGAUCUUGUUGGUGGGAGAUAGAAUCGAUGCCAAGCAAGAGUAUGUUGAUAAGAAUUACGGAGUAUUUCUUUACUACAUUACUGCUAGUUUGAUUUCAAUUGUUUCCAUUUUGCUUUUGUAUUGGGUUACUUACCACAAGAAUGAAAUUGCAUAUCAGAGGUUAAACCUGGUGUUUUCUGGAGGAGAAGAAGUGGAAGAAGAGGAUUUAGUAGAACCAGUUCAUGCGCAAAAGGCAUAUGUUUCAUUCUGGACGCUUUGGUCCAAGUUGAAGUUGAUUGUUAUGACUAUUUUCUUGACAUUUGGAAUCACAUUGAUAUUCCCCGUGUUUGCAUCCACAGUUGAAUCCACUCAUACCGAUUCACCCAAUAAGUUUUUCCACAAGAGCAUCUUCAUCCCCUUUAUCUAUUUUGUCUGGAAUUUAGGAGAUUUGCUAGGAAGAAUUCUCUGUGGGUACCCCAGAUUACGGAUGUUGAUCAAAGAUCCAAAAGUAUUAAUCCUCUACUCAAUCUCACGACUCGUUUUUAUUCCAUUGUUCCUCACGUGCAACAUUCAUACAUAUACUGCCAGUGGUAAGCUGAGUGCAUACAUUAACUCAGAUAUCUGGUACAUUGUGCUCCAAUUUUUGUUUGGAAUCUCCAAUGGACAAUUGUGUACUUCGAGUUUCAUGAUUGUGGGUGAUUAUUGUGAUACCGAUGAUGAGAAGGAGGCCGCAGGUGGGUUUACCACUGUGUUCCUUAGUACUGGUUUGGCUUUUGGUAGUGUGUUUAGUUAUGUUUUGGUAGUUAUGAUUAACUAGUUAGAGUGAAAUUAAUAAAAACAAAAAGAGUUCAUAUAGAGAAGUGUGCUCUUUGCAAUAUUACUGUAU